AUGUUGCCAGACUUUGAAAGAGCCCCAAAGAGCCAGAAGCGGAGGUCUCGUCGUGUUUCCAUGAAUAAUAUGGCCAUGGAACCUCUUCGCGCGCAAGAAAGCUGGAAUAGCGAGGUCAUAGACCACCGACCUCGCAUCCUUAGAGAAGCCGAGGAAAUGAGAGAUGCCUUGGAUAUGGAACUUUACCCAGGAUUCCAAAAGCUGACGCGCACGGUUUUGGAAGAAGAAAACUUCUUCUCAGAACGUACACAUCGUGAGGUGUAUGAAGAUCUGAACGCAGUUCUCCACCCAGUCCCACGCAACAAAAAUGCCGAGAUCACAGAAUGGAUAGGCAAUAGUACUUCAUAUUUUGUUGAUACCGGUGAAAGUCUUUCUGCAAGUGGUCAAGCUUAUACUGGGAGUAUGUUGGGCCCUAACGGCUAUUUCGAGGCCGCUGAGAGACGUGUUCAGACUUCCCAAGACCUUGAUUGCAACUAUUCUGCCGACUUCCUCUGGGACAUCCCUACCUUAAUUGCAGAAAGCGGCAAUGUACGUCGUCGGAAGGUUGCACAGUUGCAACAUGGAUACGAGGAGGAAGACGAACAAGCAAACCUCGUCCCCAGCCUGGAAGCUCUCACCAUCGGCAAAACUCCAAGGGGUCAAAAACGGCGUUCCGCAUCAAUUUGUGCAAAGGAAGCGUCUGAAUACAAACCCCGUGGCAUACGAAAAUCUAAACGGUAA